UAAUGUAGUAUUUAUUUUGUGGUGCUGAGCUGAAGGAAAGGAUUUUGUGAACAAUUUUUGCAGUUUUUAAAUAAAAUUACACAAACAGAAGCAACUACAUGAACUUGGAUAUGGCCGAGAACAGUAAAAUUCAAUUGGACGAGACGCAAAAGCAGAUAUUUGACAAAAUUGCCAAAAAUGAUAAGGAUGGCUUCAAGCAGCUGAUUGCCCAGGUUAAAGGAGGUGUCAACUUUAUAGAUGAAAAUGGAAUGACACCGCUGCAACAUGCUUGUUGCAAAGGCAACAAGGAGGCUGUGCAAAUAUUGCUGGAUAUGGGAGCCGAUAUAGACUACAGUCAACAUGGCGCCAAUUAUACACCUUUGCAUUUUGCCGCUCUUUCCGGCAACACAGAUAUUUGUUCCAUGCUACUCGAUGCUGGCAUCAAUCCGAACACUUUGAACAGUGUCAAUCGUACCGCCUCGCAAAUGGCCGCUUUUGUAGGCAAUCAUUCUUGCGUGGAAGCCAUAAAUAAUCAUAUUUCUAAAACACAGCUGGAGUACUACACAAAGCCGCAAGGUCUGCAGAAAGAGCCUCAUCUGCCACCAGCAGUGCUCGAUGUCUUCCAUAAGUUUGUUAUCGAUACAAAUUUGCAUCCCGUCCGCAUAGUUUUGAAUCUACAGAACCUCGGUCUUCUCAAGAAUUUGAACGGUUUGAAGAAAGCCCUUGAACUGAUGUGUGAAAAGGAAAUGAAAAAGUCCUGCGACAUUAAUGAGCUGAUGGCUUUCAAAUACCACUAUUUGGGUUGGAUAAUUUCAGAGCUUUUGCGUUGUGAGGAACAAUGCAAAGCUCAGCGUAAGGACAAGCCAUCGGCAACGGCCGAAGAACCCAACAAACAUGAUUUCGUGGAAAUGUUCAUAAAGCGAGUGCUGAAGGAGAACAAAUUGGGACAACUCGACUAUGUUGAGUUCACAAUACGCGAUUGUGUUCGAGAAUUCCCCUUCCGGGAGUGUACCAUCUUCCGCCAGGUGGUAUCCCAAUUGGCUGCCAAGGAUGCAGCACCUGCACUGUCAAUACUACGAGCUGCCAUCAAUGGCCAACGUGGCUUCGCCGACGAAACUUCCUAUUGCAGUUCCUGCGGCAAUGAAAAGCCCGACAAGAAGUGUUCCAAAUGCAAAGCAGUGCAAUAUUGCGAUCGUGAAUGUCAACGUCUGCACUGGUUCAUGCACAAAAAGACAUGCAACCGGCCCAUAUCCACCACAAUUGCAAAUGCAGCAACCCCAAAGGGCCCCAUCGAUGCGUCCGAGCUGCGCGAGGAAUUGGCCCGCAUGUCUGCCAGCUAAGUGGCAGGCGUUAGUCUACAUAUAUCCUAACGGGGAAAUUUGUGAAGAAUGCAGUGUGUGCGGGGGGACAAAUUGUGUAAUUUGAUGUGUGCAUUUUUUGACAUCGUAGUUUUCUUUUCCAUUUUUGGCAUAUAUAUUACUGAUUUUUAUAUAUUCCAACUGCUGAAAUUUGUUUCAUUAUCCCAGCUGAAGUUUUGGGUUCUGGCUCCUAUCGUCCCUCAUUUUUAGUAGUUAUAGUUCGAUUGCGCCAAUAAUUUUAUAAGUGUAUUAUUGUAUUCGCUCAAGCGGUGCAUAAUGAAUGCAGAAGAUUCCCUUUUUUUAAUAAAACAAAAAACGGACCAUGUUUUUUGAAUAUAAAUCCAUA